AAGGCUUGGUAGUUUGGUUGACCUGAGGGAAAAAUAAAAGCUGCGCUACGUCUGUGAUGAGGAUAACAGUUUGUCUCUCUGAGGAUUCCUUCUUCCCCUUGGAAAUUUCUAAAAACACUUUAAUUUCCGAACUUAAAAUGAUGAUUGAAAUAGAGAGUGGCAUGUCAGGGGUUGAUUUUGAAUUGUCAAAAGAAGGAAAAGUUUUGAACGUCCAGUGCAAUCUUGAUGUUGAAACGGCAGGGAUUAGGGAUGAGGAUCUACUGUUUGCUCUUCCAGUUCCACAGAAGAAAACAGGUAGCUCCAAAUCACAGAGUACUCCUCAGGCUCCUUUACUUGAUUUCAAAUCAAUAAAAAUCCCAAGCUCAUCGGGUUCUAAUGUGGUUGAAAAUAUUCGUAAGUCACUGACGAAAGUCCCCGCGAAUCAGCUUGCGAUGCUGCGUGAACGAAAUCCAGAGUUGGCUGCUGUUAUUAAUGAUCCAGCUGCCUUUAAGAGAGUGUUUGACCUACAACAAAAUGCUGCUCGUCGACGUGCAGAGGAGCUUGAAAGCUUGAUGUCUGCAGAUGAUUUGGAUCCAACAGUUCAGGAGAGGAUAGCUGAACUUAUAAGACAAAAAAAUAUUGAUAUGCAAAUGGAAAGUGCUUUAGAGUAUUAUCCAGAGACAUUUGGACAAGUUUCAAUGCUUUUUAUCAAUUGUAAAAUAAAAGAUCAAGUUAUAAAGGCAUUUGUUGAUUCUGGAGCACAAAGUACAAUUAUGAGUGAGAAUUGUGCCCGUCGUUGUAAUUUAGAUUCUCUGAUCGAUAAGAGGUGGGCUGGAAUGGCUUAUGGAGUUGGCACACAAACUAUUAUAGGUCGAGUUCAUAAUGGUUUGAUUGAAAUUGCAGGUGUUUUUAUCCCGACAUCAUUUAUUGUGCUUAAAGAUCAAUCUUUAGAUCUACUCAUUGGUUUGGAUAUGCUGAAACGACAUCAAUGUUGUAUUGACUUAAAGCGUAAUGUUCUAGUUAUUGAUGGUCGAACCGAAGCUCCUUUCCUACCGGAAUCAGAAAUUCCACCAUCAUUUGCAAAUCCUUCCAUUCUGAAUAGUGAAGAUGCAAGUAACAGAUCUUCAACUUCUGAUGAAGGCUUGGAUGAAUCACAGAAAUCAAAAAUUCAGAUACUGAUCGAUCGUGGUAUUUCUCGUCCUCAAGCAAUUGAUGCAUUACGUCGUCAUCAAUGGGAUUUAGACGCAGCUUUAGCUGCCCACUUGCAAAAUAUGUUUGGUGGAUUCAGAUGAAGCAAAUAAAUAAAUUAGUAAUAACCAACUUUAUUUUAGUUAUUAUUUUGGGAAAUUUUAAUCAGAAGAAAAAAAUAAAGAAAAGAUCAGGGGCUUUCUAUAUUGAUAUUACUUUCAUCUGCUUUCUUCUUUGUUUUUAUACUCUCAAGUGUCUAGGUGAAUUCGUUAAUUUACAUAUAUAAAUAUAAAUGAGCAAUAUAUUCCUUGCCUCUAUUUCUUUUGCAUUUUUGUUAAAAAGUGAGUGUGUUUCACUAACACUUUUAACAGCGUAUAGAAAGAAAAUACUUAUGACACAUUUUUUUCUACUUGGCUUUUAUUUUAUUUUUUUAAAUAUUAUUAUGAUUUAGUAUAAAUGGUUAUUCCUUCCAGUAAGUAGUAGUUCAUCCAGCACUUCCUAUAUUCUGUUAAUGCGAAUUAGUAAAAUUUGAUUGUACAGUGUUUAAAAAAAUUGUUUUUACUUUAUAUAAAUGAAUUGGUUGUUUAUUUA